CCUACAGCAAACCAGUCUGCCUCCUUCUCCUGCCAGGCCUCUCCAGGAACGCUGGCCCUGCUACCAGAGCCUCAGGAGCCCCCAUGAGUGCUGGCCAAGGGAGUGCUGGAUAGCGAGGCCCCAGCUGAUCCAGGAGUGGGCACCCCACCAUGCCACCCAUCUUCCAGCGCCUGCAGCAAGCCACCAAGAUGAUGAGCCGCAGGAAAAUCCUGCUGCUGGUGCUAGGGUGCAGCACUGUAAGCCUCCUCAUCCACCAGGGGGCGCAGCUCAGCUGGUACCCCAAGUUGUUCCCACUGAGCUGCCCACCACUGCGAGAGUCGCCACCACGCCCCAAACACAUGACCGUGGCAUUCCUGAAGACGCACAAGACGGCCGGCACGACGGUGCAGAACAUCCUGUUCCGCUUCGCUGAACGCCACAACCUGACGGUGGCCCUGCCGCACCCCAGCUGCGAGCACCAGUUCUGCUACCCACGCAACUUCUCUGCGCACUUCGUGCACCCGGCUACACGGCCUCCACACAUUCUGGCCAGCCACCUGCGCUUCGACCGCACUGAGUUGGCGCGCCUCAUGCCACCCGGCACCGUCUACGUCACCAUCCUGCGCGAGCCGGCCGCCAUGUUCGAGUCACUCUUCAGCUAUUAUAACCAGUACUGCCCGGCCUUCCGACGUGUGCCCAACGCAUCGCUUGAGGCCUUCCUUCGUGCGCCCGAAGCCUACUACCGCGCGGGCGAGCACUUCGCCAUGUUCGCGCACAACACGCUGGCCUACGACCUGGGCGGCGACAAUGAGCGCAACCCGCGCGACGACGCCGCCUACCUAGCGGGCCUCAUCCGCCAGGUGGAGGAGGUCUUCUCGCUGGUCAUGAUCGCUGAGUACUUCGACGAGUCGCUCGUGCUGUUGCGGCGCCUGCUGGCCUGGGACCUGGACGACGUGCUGUACGCCAAGCUCAACGCACGUGCCGCCAGCUCGCGCCUGGCCGCCAUCCCCGCGGCGCUGGCUGGGGCCGCGCGUGCCUGGAACGCGCUUGACGCCGGUCUCUACGACCACUUCAACGCCACCUUCUGGCGCCGCGUGGCGCGUGCCGGCCGCGCCUGCGUGGAGCGCGAAGCGCGCGAAUUGCGCGCGGCCCGCGAGCGCCUGCUUCGCCGCUGUUUUGGCGCGGAGCCAGUGCUCCGGCCUGCCGCACAGAUCCGCACCAAGCAACUGCAGCCAUGGCAGCCCAGCCGCAAGGUAGACAUUAUGGGCUACGACCUGCCCAGCGGUGGUACCGGCCCCGCCACCGAGGCCUGCCUCAAGCUGGCUAUGCCGGAAGUGCAGUACUCCAACUACCUGCUGCGCAAGCAGAAGCGCCGUGGAGGCGCGCGGGUCCGGCCAGAGCCCGUGCUGGACAAUCCGCCGCCUCGGCCCAUCAGGGCGCUGCCCCGUGCUCCCCAGGGCCCCUGAGCUCCCCCUGGCCCCGGAAGCUGUGACCUGCUCAGUCUUAUCAGGAUCCAGUCUGAGGCUGCCUCUGAGCCCACCCCAGCACGGCCCUAUCUCCUCAAGGGCCUUGAGCCUCAAGCUGAAUUUGGGGCGGUGCCUCCCAAACUGAACCUACUGCCUUGGGGGUGGGGCUGAGCCUCACUUUUGGGGAAGGUACUGAUUAGGCCCGAACGAGCCCCGGGCUUCCCUCUCCUCCUUCCCCAUUGGCUGGUGACUUUGACAAGAGGGCUGAGGCCUGUCCAGAGCAGCCCACCUUGCCUUUUUCUGGGGUCUGAGCUCCCCAACAAUCUG